AUGCAGCUACUGGCGAAUGGGUUGGAAGCCGAAGACAAGUGGAUGGUUACAGCAGGCGACAUUCAGUGUGCCUUCCUGACGGGUGGCUACUUGUCACGCGGGGAGGAUCUGUUCCUCCAUCAACCCCGCACGGGCUUCCCGGGACUCUUGCCCGGGCAACUGGGCGGCAUGGGCAAGGCCAGAGUCAGCUACCACGGGAAAGAGUAUGCGUUUGAGCAGUGCGCGUUGGAUCCAUGCAUUUUUGUCCUGAGAGAGCACUGCCAAGGGAAGUUCAGCGGGAAGCCAAUCGGCUACGUUGGAAGCCAUGUGGACGACUUGCUCAUCGUGGCGGGUCGCAAAGUGAACAAGCUGAUUCAAGAGGCCUUGUCACGGGCCUUUCCCAUCGAGAAAUGGGAGGAGAAUCACCUCGACUACAUCGGGAGCGAGAUCAUCUGCGGGGAUGACGAGGUGAUUGUCACGCAGCGAAAGUACGCGGAGACCCGCUUGUUCGAUUUAGAGAUCCCGAAGGGAGUCAGUGAAGAGGACCUUGCAGGCCCCGACCUGAUUGCGGACAACCAGUCCCUUAUCGGGGCACUCUCGUGGCUUUCGGCCCAGACACGUCCGGAUCUGACGUGCAGUGUCAGCUUGGCGCAGCAGCUGCAGAAGGCCCCGACGAUUGCCGAUGUCAAGUUCACCAACCUGAUCUCGGCACGGGCGGUGCUCUACAAGGACGAGGGCCUACGGUUUCGCCCGAUCCCGGACGAGCACUUCGGGGUCAUCGUCUACCACGACGCCGCCUGGGCGAACGCCAUCUUGGAGGACGAGGCCGACGACUACUUCAAGCUGACCCCUGAGGAUCACGAGGCGGGCCUACAGAAGGAGGGCCCUUUCGGAACCAAUCGCGAGAGAAAGGCCAAGAGGAUGAACUCAAAGGUGGCAUCACAGGUCGGAACGCUCAUUGUGUUCGCCGACAUGAGGUGUGUGAAGGGCGAUGCCGGCAACUUCUCCAUUGGUGAUUGGAGAUCGCGGGGUGGGCAGUACAUGCGAUCCUUCAUUGAGACUUUGAAGGAGGGUGCUCUUGUGCGCGUCGAGCACGCGCGAGCACACAUCUUAUGCCUCUCCGACUGCCGGUCCCUCUUUGACCACAUCCACAAGCAAGGCAUCCCACGGGUCCCGACGGACCGAAGACUCGCCAUAGACCUUGCUGCCCUACGACAAGGCUUGAGAAGUGAGCGAUGGAGCGACAAGUUGCCGCUAGGAUGGGUGCCGAGUAACCUACAACACGGCGAUGUGCUCACCAAGCCCACCGAUCCGAAGGGUUGGUGGGAAGUGCAACAUGGGCGGCUUUCGGUAGCAAAGUCAACAACAAUUUUGAUAGAAAGAGAACCAGUGUGGAGCACAAAGUGUGUAUCGGACAAUCUUGCAGUGAUCGUAUGA